AUGCACUUGCUUACUCUGAAUAUCACUGAACUAGUUCUGGGGCUCCUUCGAGGCAAGCUCAGCCGAUCUGAAAAAACUGAUCCUCUUGCGAACUGGGACUGGGCUUGUUUAUCUGGCGACGAGGCUUGGCAGGCGCAUGGGAAACUUGUUGGUGACGUGUCUCUGUAUCUCCCUGGGUCUUUUGAUCAUCCUCCGCGGAACCCGGCCGAGAAGAUCUCGAGCGGCUACAAGGCUUGGGAGUACAUGUACUAUGUCUAUGGCUACCUUCCCGGCUUCCUCUGGGCAGUGCAAAAACCGAAAUAUUAUGCACACUUUUGUAAACUGGUGGCCGGCGCCCAAACGGCACUGCUCGUAGAAACCCCAGUCGUACUCCGCCCGCCCGCACACAUGCUCUUGCUCGAAUAUGUGGAAGAAUUUGAGGAGAUGUACUACGCGCGCCGGAUCGAUCGGCUUCACUUCUGCCGGCAGGCCUUGCACGCCCUUGUCCAUCUCAUGCCGGAAAAUGCACGCGUCGGCCCAGCUUGGUUACAUUCGCAGUGGCCACUCGAAAACGCCAUUGGUAAUCUUACAGCCGAAAUCGGGUCGCACUCGAAACCAUACGAAAACUUGUCGCUUCGUGGGUUGCGGCGUGCGCAAGUGAGCGCGCUCAUCGCCAUGUUUCCGGAAUCUCUCGAGGACACUCCGAAGCUGCCACGCGGCGCCGUUGAGCUCGGCGGUCAAUACGUCUUGAUGCAUCCCACCAUGCGCAGCCCACGGGUUGUGAGCACGGACGACUCAGCGGCACUAAUUACUUUCCUCAGGGCGCAUGAUAUCACUUUUUCCGGACUGUGGACGCCCAGGCUUGUCUUCUGGGGACGUUUGCGACUGCCCAAUGGACAGGUUGCGCGCACGGCAUGGAAGGAAUGCGCCGGUGAGAAACGCGGGCGCCCCGUUUACCGCUCGCGCAUGGUCAGGGUGCGUACUCCUGCGAUCACGAUGAACAAUCGCUACGCUGAGGUCCAGUACUUUUUUAGGCUUCGGAAAAUGUUGGAUGAUGGUGGCACAGACGACGUCAACAUGACUUUGGCGAUGCUUUCCGUAUACACGCCUCCCGACCCAGCCAUCCAGCACGAGACCUAUGGAGUUCUCAAAGCCUGUCGCUACCAAGGGGACGCGUCGCGCGAGGUCAUCGAUGCAAAGGAAAUCACCUCGGUGGUCGCGAUGAUUCCUCUGCCCCCUAGGCGCGAGGAGGCAGAGGACCCCCAUGCGGCCGAUUUGUAUUCAAACUGA